AAAAAAGAAAUGGACAGGAGGCGGAGGGUUAUAGUUUAACAAUUAACAAACCAAUGUUAUACCUACAAAAAUGAAAGAAAAAAAAAAAAAAACACAAACUAAACGUCAUAAUCAUCAGUCUCACACCAGAUAUUUUAGGAGCCACCACCCUUCACGGAUUAGGUUCAGUGCCCUCUUCUUCUUCUCCUCAGGUGUUUUUUUACAUGAACGGAUGGAUCUAGGCUUUAGAAAUAUGGGUUUAGUGUUUUGAUGCCUAAUUCAAUAAGCGUUCUGUAAAUUCUGGGUUGUCAUUGGGUCACUAAACUAGGUUCAUUGAGGCUGGUGGUUGAUUUUUUACUAGAAUUUGGUUAAUUAGGAUUAAACUUUUUGAGGGUGAUUUUUUAUUUGGUAUUGCCAUAGAUAGUUAUGGAUCCACGUUUCAGUGAUUUGGCCGAUUUGAUGAAUGAUUACAAAUUUGGGGAGGAGACUGUUUUACCCGGUUUUGAUCAGUCCCAAAAUCUUGCUGAUGGAUUUAACCUCAAAGAUGAAUCUCUGGAUUUUGGUUUCAUGGAUAUUCCUUUCCUUCCUCCCACUCCAGACCCUCGUAAUUUAGCUCCAUCUUCAAGCGUGAGCUCGGAAGUGGAGUCUCCUGAUGACCAUGACCUUUCCGAUACAGUUCUCAAGUACAUUAACCAGAUACUCAUGGAGGAGGACAUGGAGGAGAAGCCCAGCAUGUUUCACGAUCCUUUGGCUCUGCAAGCUGCUGAGAAAUCAUUUUAUGAAAUGAUAGGCGAGAAGUACACUUCUUCUCCUGACCAACCCUCUUUUUACUUUAAUCAAAACAUUGAAAGCCCAGAUGAUCAUUUCUUUGGAAGUUUCAGCGAGCAUAGUACAGCCAGCAGUACUAGUGCUGGCAACUCUAACGAUACUCGACGGAUUGUUGAUCGUGGAGAGUAUAAGUCGUCAGUUAUACAAAGUCAUACAUGGGAGAGCUCUUUCCAAUCAACUUUGCAGCCCAGUUCGCUGUGGUCAUUUGACUCUACAAACAGCUUCAUCAAUGAUUUUAAUGGCCCAGUGGACUCUUCAGUCAGUACGCAACUGGUUUCAGAUAUGUUUAGUGAUAGUGAAUCAGUCUUACAGUUCAAGAGAGGCAUGGAAGAAGCUAGUAAGUUCCUUCCUAGUGGUAAUCAAUUAAUUGUUAAUUUGGAGAACUAUUCAUUGCCUCCAAAAUCAAAACAAGAGGCUCCGGGGGUUGUAAUCAAGGUAGAGAAGGACGAGAAAGAGUACUCACCUAAUGGCUCAAGGGGAAAGAAGAACCAUCACCGGGAGGAUAGUGAAAUGGAAGAAGAGAGGAAUAGCAAGCAGUCGGCAGUUUAUGUUGAAGAGUCUGAGUUGUCAGAGAUGUUUGAUAGAGUUUUGCUUUUCACUAAUGCAAAAGGGGAGCUUGCUUAUUGUACUGCUCCUGAUGAAGAACUGCAGAAUGGAACGAGCAAGGUUUUGCAGCGGAAUAGACAACCUCAUGGAUCUUCUGGAAGAAAAAGUGAUGCUAAGAAACAGGCCAAUGAAAGUGGAGUAGUGGAUUUGAGGACUCUUUUGAUUAACUGUGCACAAUCUGUUGCUGUUGAUGAUCGCAGAACUGCAUAUGAACAACUAAAGCACAUAAGGCAGCACUCUUCUUCUUCUGGUAAUGGGACACAGAGGUUGGCCCACUUCUUUGCAAACAGUCUCGAGGCACGCUUAUCUGGCACUGGAUUCCAGAUCUAUGCAGCCCUAGGUUCCAAGAGAAAUUCAGCUGCCGAGAAGUUGAAAGCUUACCAGCUUUAUCUUUCAGCCUGCCCAUUCAAGAAGAUGGCGAUAUCCUUUGCAGAUAGAAUGAUUUUGGAUCUAGCUUCAGUGGCUACAAAAAGAACAAUACAUGUUGUUGAUUUCGGUAUCCUAUAUGGUUUCCAAUGGCCACUCCUAAUCCAACAUCUGCCAACCAUACCUGGUGGGCCUCCCAAGCUUCGAAUUACUGGGAUAGAGUUUCCCCAACCUGGUUUCCGGCCAUCAGAAUUAGUUGAGGAAACAGGCCGUCGCUUGGCAAAGUAUUGUGAGCGCUUUAAUGUUCCUUUUGAGUACAAUGCCAUAGCACAAAAAUGGGAAACUAUUAAAAUUGAGGACCUCAAGAUUGACAACAAUGAGUUGCUUGCUGUCAACUGUCUUUAUCGGUUUAAGAACCUACUCGAUGAGACUGUUGUGGUGGACAGUCCUAGGGAUUCUGUUCUGAAGUUAAUCAGGAAGAUGAAUCCUGACAUUUUCAUCCAUUCUGUUGUUAAUGGAUCCUACAGUGCUCCCUUCUUUGUUACGCGGUUCCGAGAGACACUCUUCCACUACUCUGCAUGGUUUGAUAUGUUUGAUAAUAACAUGAAUCGUGAUGAUCAGGAGAGGUUGAAUCUUGAGAAAGAGUUCUAUGGACGUGAUGUAAUGAAUGUCGUUGCAUGUGAGGGCUCGCAGAGGGUUGAGAGGCCCGAGUCAUACAAACAGUGGCAGAUUCGCAACAUGAGGGCUGGCUUCAAGCUCCUCCCAUUGAACAAGGAGGUUGUAAAGAAAUUGAGGGGUAAGGUGAAGGCAGGAUAUCACAAAGAGUUUGUGGUUGAUGAAGACGGUCACUGGAUGGUGCAAGGAUGGAAGGGUCGGAUUCUUUGUGCUAGCUCAUGUUGGGUACCUCGGUAGAAGUGAUUAAAGGGAUUAUGUUAGAACCUGAUCAAGGUGAGCCGGCUGGAUAUCUAAUGAUGCGGGGAAAGAUACGUAUGAGUUUCUCUCUCUCUCUCUCACACACAGUAGCAUGUAUGGAUGUUUGUAGAUAUGUGCAUCUUAGUUAAGUAUAUAUACUGUAUCUGUAUUAUAUAAUAAUAGUUCUGCCCAACACAUGCGCAUUUUUUAGUUUUAAUCUAAAAUAUUCACCUUAAUUCUGGCUGGUAGUGAGUGUUUCUCACCUUGUAAAUUAAGGAGCUAAAAUUGCAGGGUUUUUUAAGAAUCAGAUCAUCUUCAGUAGCAUUUACUUUCUUGAAGAAGAAACUCGUGGAUAACGAGGAGGAAGAUAGGUUGAAACCAUUGAACACCAUUUUAGCCAUAUAGUUUGAGUGCUGUAGUUGGCAAUGGCUAGUCGAUAGAUUUGAAGGCUGAAUGCUUAGUCCUUUUGCUCUGAAGAAUCAUAGUCUAUAAACAUGGUUGAGAAUUAUGGAUAAUGUGAUGUAAAUUAGAAGCCCUGUUAUGUUUUUUUUUUUAAUUUUUAUAACCUAAGCCCUGUUAUGUUGAUAAAGAUGUAUUAAACUGUCAUGCUUGUUUGCUUAACAGCAUGUUUUGCUACUAAAUCGUGUGCUUCCUUUCCUUAA